CCCGCCAUCGGUUCUUAACUUUGCCACAUGGAAUUCACUCAUGCCGUCGAUCGUUUUCACUCAGCCUUGAAAGAUAUUUUUCUGAAAAAAGCAAAGACGAAUUCACAAAAGCAAGCUCUGCAACGAGCCACCAACAUUCCAUGGUCCUGGGUCGCUGUAUGUCUUGCGCAAUUGCUCAUCGAGUACCCAACAGCUAUUACAGAAACCAUUAUUCUCGGUGAGCUGGAGCUGCAGUGGGAGCGUGCUUUUUUGAAACGGUAUCGCGGUCUUGACAGCAAUUUUGGUACAAUUCAGGCACUGUAUGACAGUAGCCCAAUACGCGCCGCUGCCUUGGAAGUCACCGUCAAAGAAUGGUCCAUUGUACCAGAGACCAAUAUCUGGCUUGUCACUGUAGGUGAAGCGACGUCUUAUCAGGUCUUGGAUAUUUAUUUGCAUCCCAAAUUCAAUCAAUGGGUCACCCCUUCAUCCUCAUCUCCAUCUCAGCCUUCCAAUCAAACAAGUAGUCCAUUCUUAAAGGAUCGAUCGAUUCGCAUGAUCUGUUCAAGUUUGGUCAAUACGCCUAUCAAAACACAAUAUCACAACAGCAGCUUAAGUCGCAUCAACCGCAUUGGACGCGCGCCUCCAACUCAGUUAUUGAUGUUUAUGCUCACGAGCGAAGAUGGGCCGUUUAUUCGUCAAGAAUUCUUGCGUCCAGGCAAUCGGCUGGAAAAUGUCGUCCAUCCUACCGGUCUUCGUUCGCGCAAAGUGCACCGACUAUGGCUAAAGGUGAUUCACGUAGAAUGUAUCACACACACGUCUCCUAUCGCUUCCAUCCAAACCGCUUCCCAAACCAACGGAAUGACAAAACUGCAGCGCACCGAUAUUUAUGUGGUAGACCAUAUGGGUAGCGACGAGCCGGCUUUGUUCUCGCUGUAUGAUGAGCAAGCGCAAUUGGCUACCUUGAUACGCCGCGGCGAUUAUAUAGGAUUAUAUAACCCGAAAGUGUCUGAUCGCUGUACGCAGAGUCAAGAGGCCCGUUCAGAUAUUGUGCUCGAAUACGAUAAUGAAACUGUGAUAUUUCUCAUGUCCGACAAGGACGCACGUGUCGUGGACGGAGUCAACCGCGAUUCUCAGCGACCUGCUUCCCUUGUUUCCAAUGGCUCCAAUAGCCCGAUAUCCGAAUUCUGGAACCAUCCCUCACAGAAGAAAGGCAUUGUCGAAAGUGACGAUGAGGGAUUUAUGGACUGCAUCAAUUAUAUGGAUCGCAUUUUCAUUCGUGACUUGGAUUCAUGCAUGCUGAACGUCACUAUAUUUGGACGCGUCGUGGCAAUGGCAAGUAAUAAUCCAUUUACAACAAACGAUGGACUCACCAAAAUGGAUCGAUACGCGAUACGAAUCGUUGAUGUCACUGGCAAAAUGGAUGUUACGUUGUGGGAAGAAGCAGGUCGUCGAACACGCCAAUUGCGGCCCGGUCAUUAUGUACUCAUGACCGGUUUAAGCACCUCCGCCGUCCAUAUGGGUCCGAAAGACAAGCCCAUAUGGUACGUCAAUGGCAGCAUUGUAUGUGGUACCCAAGUCUUUAACGUCUCAACCAUGAACAGUCUAUUGGUGAGCUCCAGCUUACGGCACGUUACGCCGUUGGAAUGGUUGGAUAAACAAGAUCAUACGCAUACGGAAGCCAUUGUAGCGGGUUGGGAAUUAAGAACGUGUGAGUCCCCUGAUUUGGCUCUUUUGAGCGAUGAUUACACGGACCGGCAGGGUUUUUGUUGUCACCAACCUAUCGGAAAUCUGGGUGCUUUGGUGAUUGCAGAUAGCCAUGCAGCCUGUCUUCGGCCGGUGACAACUCCGACAGGGCCACAGGGAGCGAAUCACAAAAAAGGUAUACGGAUGUGUGAUUUUUGCGGUCAUUCUAUCGCGAACGAUGAAGUGGUACAGACAUUUCGCAGUCGACCGGACAGUAUUUCAGGCACGGGGUGGAUCGAGUGGCGAUUGGAUGAUGGAACACGUUCCAUCUUAGCGUAUGGUGGCGAAGAGGUAAGCCAAGAACGAAAGCAGGGGAUUUGAGUUUUCUUGUUGCGCGUGAUCAAGUUGAAAGAAAAAGAAGAAGAACAACAAGCGCAACUUUUUAAAGGAGUGUAAAGUGGGGUGCGACGAUACCAAUUAUAGUGGAUUGGGUGACAUUUUUUUUUUUUUCCUUGCAGACAUUACUGAAUAUACCUGCC